AUGGCCUUCGUACCGUCGCUAUAUCCAGGAGCAGCCCUGAUAGCUACGGGACUGAGCUUGCACGGGUAUCGGAAAGGUUCCCUGUCUGGCUCGGGCGCUAUCGCGGCGUGGGUAGUGGGAUAUGGGCACCUCGCAAAUCCUCUGAAGGUGUUUGGGGUGACGAUGAUUGUAUUCUACCUGGUGGGGUCGAGAGCGACGAAGGUGAAGGCAGACGUGAAGGCAAGGUUGGAGGAUGGCCCCGACCCAGCCAAACCCGGCGGCAACCGAGAUGCUUUACAGGUCCUGUCAUCAUCCCUCCCAUCGUUACUAGCUGCUUUGCUCUACCGAGGCUACGUGGCAAGCCCGGAAUCGUCCUUCUUUGAUUUACUGCCACUCAACGUAUCAGCUCGUCCAUUGAUAUACAUGGCCUUAGGCCACUUCUCCACCUGCCUCGCCGACACCCUCGCAUCCGAACUCGGCAUCCUUUCCUCCUCUCCUCCCUUCUUCAUCCUAUCCGGCAAGACAGUACCACCAGGGACGAACGGCGGUGUCUCUCUGCUAGGCCUAGGAGCAUCGGUGGCAGGCGGAGCAAUCAUGGCGCUUACCAUGAUUGCGGAUCUAUUGAUUGAGGACCCGGGAUCUCCGGAGAAUCUCGGAUGGGCAGGCGAGAUGUUGCUUUUUGGGACGCUGGCUGGUCUUGCGGGUAGUCUGCUUGACUCGCUCCUCGGCGCGCUCUUUCAACGGACCCUGUACUCCACAACCGAGAAACGCAUCCUCACCGAUCACUCGACUAAGCGGCUCGCCAAAGGCAAGGACGUCGAGGGGUCCAUCAUCCAGAUUGGGCCUGGUAUGGACCUGCUCAGCAAUACAGCGGUCAACUUCGUGUGCGGAUGCGUGAUGGGCUGCGUGGGAUAUGCGUGGGGACAGCGUUGA